AUGUAUACAUACCGACCUAGUUCUGUUCCUCAAAUUAGUGAUUCUUUUGAUGGAAGUUGCAGUAGUCCUAAGGUGAGCAGCAGUCCAUGGUUGAUGCUACUGCCGGAGUUUAAGGAGGACAGCACCGUCUUCAAAUUCUACAGACUGGCAGAAGGGUAUGUCAUACAAGUACAACAUGAGCAGCAAGUGAUGAUGCCUGAUAUUGAUUCCGUUUGCUUGGGUUCAUUAUCCAAGGGAUGGCUUGUUUGUAUACAGCCUAAAGAUUGUCUUCUCUUCAUGUUUAACCCACUUUCUGGUAAGACUAUCCAGCUUCCAUCCAUUGAAACUUUCCCCUGUGUUAACGGCGUUAUUCAGAAUAGUAUCAGAGUCGAAUGCUUUCUUAACCACCAAUCUAUUCCCUUAACCCCACAACGUAUGUCUUCAUACAUUGUCGAAAAGAUGAUCCUUUCAUCCCCUGAUCCUAUGGAAGAGGACUGCAUAGCGUUGGUCAUUUACGGGCCACACCAGCGACUCGCAUUCUGCAGGAGGCCUGGCAUAGCUGAAGCCAAUUCGUGGACUGCACUCGACGGUCCCUUACGCGAGUACAGUCAAAUUGUAUUCCACAAUGGAAAGAAACUAUUUUUUGCUCUCACCCAAGAUAAGGAGCUUGAAGCUUGGGAUCUCCACAAUGAUCCAACUAAGAGGUUUCUCAUCCAGAUUGAAGAUAUAGGCUGCAGUGAUGAUUAG